AUGCUGUGUUCAACCAUCCGCGGAUACAGGACUGGCGAUAACUACAUCGAAGAUUUCAAUUCGUCGCAACCGUUGCCGUAUACCGCACAAGUUGGCUCGUUGGCUGCCGGAGUGGAGGCUGGUAUAUUCAUGUCACAACCACUACGCACAGACGACAUGCUUCUGAGCCAG